CUUUCUUUUUUUUCUUUUCGCUUUCUUUCUUGCGAACUCCUCCGGCGGUUUCUAUUGAACUACGAAGGGCGAAUAAAAAUGUCUAAAGAAACUUUUGUCACGAUUAAUUCCUACCCGUAACCAUCAAUCCUCUACAUUUCGAUCCGUUUCUUCUUAAUUGUACCAUGUUUCUGCAGUUUCUUCUCAAUUCGAGUGCCUUUAGAUCCUCCAAGGUUGUUCGUCACUCCGUUCUCGUCAAGAACGAUCCAUUUCUGGAUGCUGGAUUCUGGAUUCGUUUUUUCCAUCCCAGACGGUGCUAUAGUGUUCCGAAUUCUCAUCCUCGUCAAUCGUGUACGCAGUUUCUUCUUCUUUCUGUUUUAUCUCUAUUGAUGCCUGUUUGAUGGUUUUGGAAAUCAACGAUUAUAUUUAUUUAUUGUCAUGUUUGAAUUCGGAGGUGGAAGAUUUGUGGAGAUGGAAGUGGGCGAGUUUGAUAUUUUGUUAUGUGUGAGAGUGAUGACGGUAGUGAGAGGAAUUCACUUGACUAACCCGCAUUUUUACGCCAAGGCGUGGAUGGUUCUGUUGUUUAUGACGUUCACAAGCUCUUGAAUGCUCAAUUUGAAAGGGACGACUAAAACUGUAAGGAAGAGAUGGCAACCUCACCGACCGCUGAAAGGGAUGAGGAACAUGGCCUAUCUGAACAGAAAGAUGGAGGAGAGUCUACAGUGGAGAUUGAACAGUCUUCGUCAGUUAGCGAAGAUAGCCCCACACAAACAAAGGACAAGGGACUCGAUGAAAUAGAAAAGGAUCAGAACAACGAUUCAUACUGUGAGACUCAAGAUGAAAUAGAAAAGGAUAACAACGACGAUUCAUACUGUGAGGCUCAAGAUGAAAUCGAAAAGAAUAAGAACAAUGAUUCAGACUGUGAGUCUCAAGAUGAAAUAGAAAAGAAUAAGAAAAACGAUUCAGACGGUGAGGCUCAAGAUGAAAUAGAAAAGGAUAAGAACAACGACGCAAACUGCGAGGCUCAAGAUGAAAUAGAAAAGAAUAAGAACAACGAUUCAACCUGUGAAUCUCAAGAUGAAAUAGAAAAGAAUACGAACAAUGAUUCAAACUGUGGGGCUCAAGAUGAAAUAGAAAGCAAUAAGAACAACGAUUCAAACUGUGAGACUCAAGAUGAAAUAGUGGAGAGGGAGUACGUCGAAAGUGAAGUGCAUGACGAGGUGGAAGCCGAACUGGAUUUCCAGUCUAAAUCUGAAGUUGGAAAGCCAGACCAGAUUAUUAGAAAUGACGAGUCUAAUGAAAAACUAGAUGAUGAGGUUAAGAAUGCAGAAUCUGAAUCAUCAUCAGAUGAUUCAGACAAUGAUGGUGAAGGUUUAGAUUCUAAGGCUCAAAUUGGGACAAACCAAUCAGGUGGAGAAGUUCUUAGUGAGGAGAAAGCUCCAGAGCCAGUGUUUGAUGGGACUGAAGUUCCUGGGAUUGAAGUUAGUGGGAGUUUGUCAAACCGUUCCAUGGAUAGUGAUUCAGAGGUCGUAGGUGUUGUUGACCGGGCUUUGGCACUGAAAAACUUUGUUAAGGAAAAGGGAGUAAUUGCAGUCUCUAGCGUUUUGCGUCGUUUUUCGGGAAGAAGAGAGGAAGGAAGUCCGGAUAUUCCAAAUGGUGAGUCUAAGCCUGAUUCUAGUUCCAAUAAAGAUGAAGGCAAGGAAACCCCUGAAAAACCUGUAGAAAGAUCUUCUUGGAACCCCCUCAACUAUAUUAAGAUAUCCCGUGAUGCUGAUGCGCAAAUCAAAACUGAGCAGGUGGAGGAUUUUACUGGAGAACCAUCAUUCGAUCUUGUUAUAAAAGGCAGAAUUGUACUGUACACGCGGUUAGGUUGUCAAGACUGCAAAGAGGCUCGACUGUUUUUGUUUUGGAAGAGACUUAGAUACGUGGAGAUCAAUAUUGAUGUUUAUCCGGGUAGAAAGUUGGAGCUUGAGAAAAUUGCAGGGUCUUCUGCCGUUCCAAGGGUGUUUUUUAAUGAAAUCCUUAUUGGAGGCUUGAAUGAACUAAAAGAGUUGGAUGAGUCUGGCAAGUUCGACGAGAAAAUUGAGUAUCUGAAAAAUGUACCACCAUCCCUUGAAGCCCCUUUACCACCUCUCUCUGGUGAAGACGAUGUCUCCAGUGGCGGGACUGUUGAUGAAAUGGCUAUGAUUGUUCGGAAAAUGAAAGAAUCCAUUGUUGUUAAGGACCGGUUCUGCAAAAUGCGACGAUUCACUAGCUGUUUUCUAGGCUCUGAAGCUGUUGAUUUCUUGUCAGAGGAUCAAUAUUUGGAAAGAGACGAGGCUAUUGAAUUUGGACGAAGGCUCGCAAGCAAACUUUUUUUCCAACAUGUUCAGGAGGAGAAUCUAUUUGAAGAUGGUAGCCACUUAUACCGGUUCUUGGAUGAUGAUCCCAUUGUGGCAACUCAAUGUCACAACGUUGCAAGAGGAAUAAUUGAGGUGAAGCCAAAGCCGAUAACAGAUAUUGCAUCAAGACUGAGAUUUUUAUCCUUUGCCAUUUUUGAAGCCUAUGUAUCAGAGGAUGGAAGGCAUGUAGAUUACAGAAGUGUUCAUGGGAGUGAGGAAUUUGCUAGGUAUUUGAGAAUUGUGGAAGAGCUCCAAAGAGUCCAUGUGCAAACUUUGUCACGGGAAGAGAAGAUCGCUUUCUUUAUUAAUCUGCACAAUAUGAUGGCCAUCCAUGCUAUAUUGGUAUCUGGACAUCCUCUUGGAGCGAUAGAAAGAAGGAAACUGUUCGGAGACUUCAAAUAUGUUAUUGGAGGGGCCACCUACUCCCUUUCAGCUAUUCAUAAUGGAAUCUUGAGGGGCAAUCAGAGACCACCUUACAAUCUCAUGAAACCAUUCGGUGCCAAAGAUAAACGUUCUAAAGUUUCUCUUCCGUAUGUGGAGCCUUUAACUCAUUUUGCACUAGUUAUUGGUACCCGAUCUGGGCCUGCUCUUCGAUGCUAUUCUCCAGGCAACAUAGAUCAUGAGUUGAUGCAAGCAGCACGAAGUUUCUUAAGAGACGGAGGACUUAUCGUGGAUGUGAAUAACAAUGUUGCAUCAGUUAAUAUGAUUCUUAAAUGGUUUAGCACAGACUUUGGGAAGGACGAGCAAGAAGUUCUGAAGCAUGCAUCAAACUACUUGAGGGCAGAAGAUGCUCAAGCACUGCUUGAAAUGCUUGCUGGUUCCCAAUUGAAGGUAGUAUAUCAAGCAUACGAUUGGGGUUUGAACUGUUAACACUGCUUUAGUCAAAACCAAACAAACCUAAAGGUAUGAAUUUAGGAAGUUUAUGUAUGUGUUGCCCCAAGAUCCCAAAAGGAACCAGGGCAUUAUAUACUGCGUUGUCUAUACUAGCGCGCGGUUGUUUAACGCCAAUUUAUUGUCUUUUGAUGAGUAGCUUGAGGAGAGCAGUUAUUGGAGUUUUUCUCUUUUUUUUGUUUACCAAUGUUGUAAUGGAUGCAAUAUGCAUCUCUAUACCAAAGUAUAAAAGUAUUGCCGGUUUCUUGAUCA